GAAUUUGAAAUUUCAAAUUUAAAAUGUUUGAUAUUUUAGAAAAACUAGACGGUGAGACUGAACAAGUUGAGCUAGAUAACUCUGAGAUCCAGCUUACAUUUGAUAUGAAAGAAGCUCCACACAAGGAAGAUCCGCACAACUCCUUCAAGAGACAAUUUUCAGCCAAGCAUCAAUACUCUAGUGAAUGCUUGACAGAUGUCACAGGGCUUCAAAGAGACAAAAGUUCUAAUCCUUGAGUGUUAAAGUGGUUUAGAAGCAUAAUUUAUCGAGCUAGCGACAGGAAUAACUAUCAUAAAUUCCUCACAAAAGUCCAUAAAAUCUUAAAAGAGUUUAAAUAAAGAUACAAAAGGCCAUUGACGAUAUAUUUCUCAAAUAGAAGAUAAUCUCAGACCUCUUCUGGGGGAGAAGGUUUCUCUCAAAGAUCUAGAGCUUGCUAUUGACCAUCAGCUGAGGGACCUGUACAAGGAAUUUAAAAGACUAAAAUGUAAACAGAAGCCUCAUGGUUUUCCAAAACCGUCUAAAAUAAAGACCAACAACUACCUUGAUGAAAUAAGUCAGUUUAACAAAACUAGUAGUUCUUUUAUACCUUUCAACAAGAGCUGCAAGAACCUCUUUGAACCGAGGAGAUCAUCUAGUGCCAUGUCUAGCUCACACAUUGAUCUGCUAAGCGCCAAUCAGCCACCUACAAAUCCUCUCAAAAUGAAUUCCAACAUUGAAAACCCUCUAGGAAUGCAGACUAUGAAGGAUCCUCUUGAUCACAACAAUUUUACCCAACACUUUUCAGUUUCAUGAGGUGAAGUAAAGAAUCUCAAAAAUCAGAACAAAUUGCUAAUGAAGAAACUACACAAAUACAAACACAAAACAGAGAACAAGGAAAAUGAACAUGACACUUUGAAUGCCCUCCUGACAGUCUCAAAGGCUGUAAAAAGGCUUGAAAUGGAAGUAUUCUCUCAAAACUCGGUCAGUUCUCGCAAGUGUAAAGAUGAGCUAGAAAGCGUAACUCUCCAUUUCAAGAACCAAGUUAAGCAAAUGACUCUAGAGCAUCAACAAGAAAUAAUAAAAUUAGCCUCUGAGAAGGACUCUUUCAUUAGUGUUCUUAGGUCCCAGAAUCAUAGCUUAGAGGCUCAGAAAAAGUCUCUUGGAGAUAAAAUAGCUUCUUUAGAGUCUUCAUUAGAGCAAACUAAGACAAAAAAGGACUGUAUGACCAAGCUCAAAGAGGAAGAAAUCCAGAACUUAACGACUGAGAACAGGAGGUUAUCAGCGCUCAUCCAAGAACAAAUCUCAGAAAUUUCAAGCCAAAUAAUGCAAGAUAACCAAUCCCUGCUUGACAAGGUUCAGUAUUACGAAGACCAAGCUAAAGAAUGGGAAGAAAAGGCCCAACAAUUCGAAGAAGACAGAAACAAUAUGCAAGAAUUACUGAACAAGAACUCAGUUGAAAAUUCUGAACUAUCAGAGGAAGUCCAGAAAUGCCACAGCACUAUAAGAACCCUCAAAGAGGAGAUCUAUCAGAAAGAAGUAACUCUGAGAAGUUCCAAAGAAAGCUUUGAUGUGAAAUGUUCUCAAAUGAUGUCAAAAAUGCUGAGAAUAAAGCAGAAAAUACAAAAGGAUGAUUACGAAUAUCCCCGGAGUUGGAAUAACCACUUCUAAUAAUUUUAGCUUGCCCAAUAUCCUCC